AUGCCUGCAGAAGCAGCAGCUGUGGCACCCAGCAGCAGCGCCCGGGACUCAGCUGCAGCAGCAGAUGAGAUGCAGGGCAUCAAGGGAGACUGCAUGUGGUGCAGCAGAAUUAUUGCAGCAUUCACAAGCCUCUCGAUAUUCCGGCCUAAUGACUUAGAUGUCUUUGUCGCCGUGGGGGCCCUCCCCGAGGCCCCUGUAGCCCUGGGGGCCCAUUCAGCUCCUCAUACUUCAUCAGGAGCAGGAGAAGCGCGGCGGCUAAGUGCUGCAGCAGCUAGUGCUGCGGCAGCUAGUCCAGCAACAGAGGCAGCGGAGGAACUGGAGGCCCCCUGGAGCCCUGUGGGGCCCCCUGCGCUUACCUCGCUCUCUCUAACCCCUGCAGCAGUGUCAGGGGGUCGCCGUCUUUCUGUUGUGGUUGACUUAACACCUUUUGCUGCCUCUCAGAAGCGGCAGUGCUCCCCUCUGCCGAAUGCGCUGCAGCAGCAGCAGCAGCAACAGCAGCAGCAGCAGCAGCAGCAGCAGGCCGAUGCUGCCCCCACACUCCGCCACCGCCGCCUUUACUCCUACGCACUCGCUGUUCUUGUCACAAGAGAUGCUGUGCUUUCGCAGGCCCCCCAGUGGUGGGCAAAGCAGCAGCAGCCAGCCAGGGCUGGCCGCGGGGGACAGCACAGCUCUGCUGCGCCUCUCAGGCGGGCUUUGCUGCGGCUGCCUAUUGUGUGUGAAGACUCGCAGGAUGGCGGUGACAGCCUCGUGGGGGCCCCCGCCGGGGGCCCCCCUGGGGGGCCCCCCGGAGGGCAGCUGGGGACCCCCCGGGAGGCUGCUGCAGCAGAGAUUGGGGCUGCCAAACUCGGCAGCCACCCCUGGGUAGUCGUUGCGGAGAUGCUCCCUCCGGACUUCAGUUUGCUGCCAACAACAUAUGUGCUGCAGUGGCAGCUGCUGGAGACGGGGGAGACCUCUGGAGGCCAAGGCCAGCGAGAGCAGCGCCUGCGGGGGCCUUCAGAGGCAGACCUCAGCAUCAAUCUCCACGCUUCAUCCCAAGUGUCGCGGCUGUGCAGCCAGCCGUGCCCAGAGCAGGGCGCAUGCGCCAUAACUGACCGGCUGGACGGCUUCGCCGUGUUCGGCUGCCGCUGCGCGUACGGCUUCGGAGGCGAAAACUGCGAAGCAGAGCUGCUGGGGCCGUGGCUGCGGGGGCUGGCGCAGGCUGCGCUGGUGCUGUCGAACUUGGCGCUGCUGCCCAGCUUCUUGCUGUGUCUGCGGCUGGCCCUGCGGCACCUCAACAUCCCCGGCAACCCCUCUGCAUGCGCCCGCUGCCUCGCGGGGGUCCCCCCGCUCAAGCCUGGGGGCCCCGCCCGCAGCUGCAGCAGCCACGCCUGCUGCGUCCUCUACGCCGCCAGGGCCCUCGCCUACUUCAGCGCCUUUCUGUGGUCUGCACUGUACCAUUCGUGCGUGGACGCGACGGCGCGGCUGCCGAUUGGAGUGCCGCUGCUGCAGCGGCUGGACUUUCUGUUUUCUUACUACGUGCUGUUUGUGACUGCUGCUGCGCUGGCGGACGUGGGGUCUGUGGCUGUGGAGCUGCUGGGGCUGCUGGGCGUGCUGCUGCUGCUGGCUUUCAAGUGGCUGCCCGAGACCUUCGCCCCCCUUGACGCAGUUUGUUUCGUGGCUGCAUGCGUUGCGCUGCCAGCCCUCAGCCUCAGCCUCAAGGCCUUCGCCAUUUGCUGCGCAGCCCGCGACGCGGAGAAGCGCCGCCAGCGCCUUCUGGAGCCGCUGCAGGAAUGGCAGCCCCAAGACAUAAAGUGGCUGGACAGCCCCCGGGGGGCCUCGGGGGAGGGCCCCGGGGGGGGCCCCCAGGGCCCCGAGGAGGUCCUCAGCGCCCAUCACCACCACGGCGAGCUCCAGCUGCUCCUCAGACACAAGAUGGAAGACGCCCGCGAGCGCAUUUGCCUCGAGGCCAUUGCCCAGGCCAUAGCCCGCCUCGAGGCCUGCAGAAAGUGCCGCGUGGAGCUUUGCAGCUGCGCUGCGGGCGCCCGCCGCAGCUUCCUGCAGGCCAUAGCCUUUUCCUUCAAAGCUGCAUGCAAGGCUGUGCUUCCGGGGGCCCCCGAGGGGCCCCUCCUCGCCGCCAGCUCCCCCAGUGACCUCCGGCGCGGCCACCCGGGGGGACCCCUCAGCUGGGCCUCUUGCCUGGGAAUUGCUGCUACCGAAACUGCUCCCCGCUUGGAGUUCCUCGGCCUUGGUAUCAUUCUCGCUGCCGUCGGCGUGGGCUGCUUCGGCGUGGGCGAGGGCAAUGACCACUACUGGCUGCUGCACUCUCUGUGGCACGUCUUCAUCCAGCUGGCCACUUGCUGCAUCCUGCUGUCGCUGCUGGAGCACCCGCUUCUGCGGGAGCUGCGGAAGCAGCAGCAAAGCGAGCAGCAGCCCCCGCUGGGUGCUGAGUGCUGCACCCCCACGCGCUCGCUGAGCGAAGCCAUUGCUUCUGGGGAGGACCUGCAGGCCGCAGCGCAGGCCGAAGAGGCCCUGCCGAGGCCCCUGGCCACUGCCUUCUGGCGA